GGUCUGGUCUGGUCAAUAAUGACAAUUUUUCUCGGAAUUAUUCACAACAUAUAUAGAUCGACUCAGUUUUUUAUGCUGAUAUCGAAUGUGAUAUUAGUUUUGAACAAAAUCGUAGCUUUCUAACAAAACAUCGCCUGAAAAAGGUCUAAAAAAUGUAUAAAAACUGCAUGAAGAAAUCAAAUAAGCUAGAUAUGUCUCAGAUGAUAAAAAAUAAUUGAAUAUACCUGUUCACUUUUUGAAGUACACAUAACACUCGGAUUUAAAUCCGAGGUUUUCGCAUUUGUUUUAAGUUGCAAAUGAAAAAAUGUAUCAUUAAUUCGUCAAGUAUUCUUUUGUUGACAGCUUUUUUUUAGAAACAUUUGUUUGCUCAAAUUCUAUCCUCAAUUAAAUGUCUAAAUUGUAUUUUGAUGUUCACUUAUCAACUAAAUAUGAUAACAUUUAUAGGCUAGGAAAGAAAAGAUUAUAAUAAAGAUAUGGCGUUGAGCUUUUAGUAUAUUUUACCGGAAUCUAUAUGAAAACGUACAUCUCUUAAAAGUUCACUUCCUUAAAUUGAGAAUUACACGACAUUAGAGAAAAAGAAGGCUACUGAAAAACUGUGGGAUCAGAGUUUUUACUUGUAGUUGAAGCUUGUCUUUUACAGAGUAUUACCCCAAUUUCGGCUUAAACAUUUUUAUUCCUUCAGGUCCUGAUUUCAUUUCUAGAAAAGGGUCUUGUGUUUUUACUAAUUGGUAUGAUUCUUUCAAAGUAUAUAAAAUUAACAUUAAUAAUUUUAAUAAUUUAGUAGUACCAUCAUAUCUAACCUGUGUGUAAAAAUUCUUGGGACAAAAUGUCCGUUUAAAUUUUGCUCACUAAAAAAUGGUUGAAGAAUAUCGAAACUAGACAGUUAAAAUGAGAAUUCAGUGCUCUUUCCAAAAAUAUAUUUAGAAUAUCAUUCUAAUUCCUGAUUAUUUAAUUGCGAACACAUACCUAAAUGGAGAAAAAAUGCCGUUCACCAAGCAUAAUAAGUUUUUUUUUCCUAUUAUACAUAAUUUAUCUAAGGGAUUUGUUUCGAACAUUUUCUAUUGUUAUGAAGAUUUUGAUGUUCUGGAUAUUCAUGGUUUCUAAUAAGGUAGAAUUUAAAAGAAUGAAAAAUAAGAAAGCAGCUUUUGAAAUAUUGCUCUUCAUUAAAGAUGAAGUUUUUCUAAAUAAUCGAUUUCAACGAAUUUCGAUAUUUGAAAUUCAUAAAAAAUAGUUUGCAAAAUAACUUUCCUAUAGUUUGAAUUGAGUCAAAUUUAAUCAAAAUAUAAAAAUACACUACACGUAAAUUCUAUACAAACAUCUUUAUAGGUCCUCAUCAAAGAUUUGCUGACAAUUUAUUUCACCUUCAGUCCAGAUGAAGUUCUGAAUAUAUAUUUAGAAAGAACUCAACAUUUCCAUUCUAACCAACUAGUUUCAAUUUUAUUCAGUAACUUAUAGCUGAACCAAUAUUGAACAGACAUUUUGUGCCAAGACUUCUUACACGGAAGUUAUAUAUGUACGAAUUAGUACCAAAUACAUGCAAAACCAAUUUUUCGUAUAAUUCAAAAUUUUUCUCAUUCCUAUCCCAUUGAAUUAAGAAAAAUAUUUUCAAGGCUGAAAAUUCUUGCAUAAAUACACGAUCUAAAUGCAUGAUAUUCAAUCUGUAUUUGCCCAGGUGCCAUCUUGAUUAUGUCAAAUUUUAGAAUCGGCCGAUAUACGGUAAGCUUUUACAAGCGAUUUUCAGACUAAUCAUCAGAUUGAAAAAGUUAUUUUCCAGGUCGGUGCUACCCUCAAAUCAUGAAUAAAAAGAGGUCCGUUUGUAGAUAGCUUACUCAGAACAAAAUAAAUAUAAAAUAUAUGGAAUAAGUUUUGAAUAGAAAACCUACUGAGAUCAUUUUAGAAAGCUAUACAUUCCGACUACAGUCUCGUCUGGCUUGCGAUCAUUUUGCAUUGUCUUAGGUUAAGCAUAAAAUACAUCCUGAAACAGAUUUGUCUACAACUAGGAAUCGUAAGAAAACGUCCGGAAGUAUUCAUCUGAUGCUUCUACAUGUAAAAACUGAUUGUAAUCUCUUAGAAAAAGAACGGUCUGUUUAUACAGUUUGUGAAUGCAGCUUCCACAAGAUCCAUUCAUUUCUGACUGAACAUAAACAAAUAUUUAACAAAAUUAGUCGAAUAAAAUAGACUCAAUACUGUUUAACUCUUUAGUUUUUAUUAAAAAACUUCUCAUUUGUAGCUUUUCUAUACAAAAUCCGGUAUUGUUGGUCGAAUAUAUACCAAAACUGAAAGAGUAGAAUCCAUGGAAGAACAACAGGAAGAUCGCAUUGAACAGGAUUUUGAAACGAAAAUAACAGCGGAACAGAGACUUGAACGUGAACAAAUUUACCAAAGACAAAUAGAAACAAUUCGAGAGCAAGAAAAAAUUCCUGAUGAUGAAUUGUCUGAUUUAAUUAAAACUUUAAAGGAUGUUGUUGAAGAUUUGAAAGAUAAUCGUUUAUUUUCUGAAAAUGGUGCAAAUGCGAGACAACAUUCAGAAUUAGACUACAAUGAUCACGAUUUCCAAUAUCAGGACGAUGCAUUUGCAGACAAUCAAGAAGUCAAACAUCACGAUGAAUCUCCCGAAGAUCAACAAGUUGAAAACAAAGAAGAAAAACAGCAGCAUGACCCAACCGAACCUGAGGGUCAAUUCGGCAAGGGAAGCGAACAAGAAAACAAUGGUGAAAUUUCUGAACACCAGCUGUCAUCCAUAGAAGAAAAUCGUACAGAAGGUAAGAUUCACUGA